AUGGAGCCGGGACGUGCUGUAGCCGAGACGGAUUAUACUUCAGAAACGGUCAGGUCCCCGGAAGAAGCCGGAGACUGGUUACUGACCAUGUCAAAAUUCCGGCACGUGUGCAAUAUCGGGAGCAGGCCAUUCCGAUUCUACAUGCGACAAAACCUCAGCAUCUUCAUAUCUCAUAUCAUCAACGUCAAACUCAAUAACCUCUACUGCGUUGAAAUCGCAGUCGACGACAAACUCGCCCACCGCUCAGGCUGGUAUGACUCUACCAUGUUCCGAUGCACAUUCGAAUUCGACAAGUUCCACCCUCUACGCAGUUUCGUCAGAAUCACUCUCUGGCAAAAACACAAAUUCGUAAAACAGCCACAUCAUGCUUCAACCACCGGUUGCAUCAACCCCACUUUGAGGAGGGAGGACACAAUAGAAGGGGAGUGUCUGCUCACACUCGGAGAAUUGGACUGUUUGGAUCCAUCGCUUCUGCCUGCCCAAUUUCCAAUGGAAGUUAGAUACAAGAAGGUUACGAGUCGUAACAUGCUGCGAGAUAAAGUCAACGGGCCGAGGGUAUUCUGCGACAUGAUGCUUACAAUUCCUCGGGUGAGCGCAAUGGCAAGUGAGAAGGGGACGCAGACGAACCUGGGUGAAGGUUGGUCGCCGCAAAAGAUGGAGCCGUACCCCUCCUUGUUGCUGGGAGACUUGCCGGUCUCGACGGGCAGUUUAUCCUCUGUGGAAAGUGGGGAUGCGGCGAAAGGGUCGCAGAAGCCGGGUGGCUUCAACAACCGGGUACCUCAAAAACAGAGUCUGUCUGCCGCCGGUCCGCAGCUCGAGAGUCUCGGUUCUGCGCCAGGUGAGCCGGUCAAAAACGAUGUGGUCAAAAACCACGUGGUCAAAAGCGAGGUUCAGCCAACACGGACGGGCUCCAAGGAGCGAGCGAGGCCACCGAAGAACCGGCAGUGGCCUCCAUGGCCCGAUGAGUCAGACAGCGAUUUUAGCGGAGAUAGCUAA